AUGGAAACUUUUAGCCGAGGUAAAAAUGGGUUUUUCUCAUCUGGGUAUUUAGUAAUUCCAACAAAUAUUGCGACUUCGAGUGGAGUGAGGAGUUUCAGUAGCGAACCAGUGAGCAGAGAAUCGAUGAACUACGAUGUUGUGAUUGUUGGGGCUGGCCCCGCGGGAUUGUCGGCAGCUAUAAGAUUGAAACAAUUGUGCAAACAAAAGGAUGUUGAUUUAUCGGUGUGUGUUGUGGAGAAGGGAGCUGAAGUUGGUGCUCAUAUUCUAUCCGGGAAUGUUUUUGAAACUCGAGCUUUGAAUGAACUUCUCCCACAGUGGAAACAGGAGGAGGCACCAAUACAUGUCCCUGUUUCUUCUGAUAAGUUUUGGUUACUUUCUGAAACUCGUGCUUUCUCCCUUCCAUGUCCAUUUAAUAAUGAAGGGAACUAUGUCAUAAGUUUGAGUCAGUUAGUGCGCUGGUUAGGACUGAAGGCUGAAGAAUUAGGAGUUGAGAUAUACCCAGGCUUUGCUGCUAGUGAGAUUUUGUACGACACGAGCGACAAGGUUAUUGGUAUUGCAACCAAUGAUAUGGGAGUGGCCAAAGAUGGAUCUAGAAAAGACAACUUUCAGCCUGGUGUGGAAUUGAAGGGACAUAUAACUCUUCUUGCAGAAGGAUGUCGAGGAUCUUUGUCAGAGAAAGUAAUCAAAAAAUACGAUUUGCGAAAGAAAGGGCACGGACAACAUCAGACUUAUGCUUUAGGAAUCAAAGAGGUUUGGGAAAUUAGUGCAGACAAGCAUGAACCUGGCUCUGUACUUCAUACAAUAGGCUGGCCAUUGGACCACAAGACCUAUGGGGGGUCUUUCUUGUAUCACAUGAAAGAUAGACAGGUGGCUCUUGGUUUUGUGGUUGCAUUGAAUUAUCACAAUCCAUUCUUUAAUCCUUAUGAAGAAUUUCAGAAAUUUAAGCAUCAUCCUUCCAUCAGACCUCUUCUUCAAGGGGGAACGGUACUUCAAUAUGGUGCUCGUACUCUAAAUGAAGGCGGUUAUCAGUCCAUUCCAUAUCCAGUUUUUCCGGGUGGAGCAAUUAUAGGGUGUUCUGCUGGCUUCCUGAAUGUACCAAAAAUAAAAGGAUCACAUACUGCGAUGAAAUCAGGCAUGCUAGCUGCAGAAUCUGCAUUCAACACGCUCCAAGAAGGUUCCCCACUAGAAUUCUUCUGGGACAAUUUAAGAACUUCAUGGAUAUGGAAGGAACUUUACAGUGCAAGAAACUAUCGUCCAGCAUUUGAGUAUGGUCUCUUUCCUGGUUUGGCUCUAAGUGCACUAGAACACUACAUCAUGAAAGGAAAAUCCCCAUGGACGCUGAAGCAUGGGAAACCUGAUCAUGAGUCAAUUGAGGAAGCACAACGAUGCACGCCAAUUCACUAUCCAAAGCCCGAUGGGAUUGUAUCUUUUGAUAUUCCAACCUCUUUGUACCGGAGCAAUACAAAUCAUGAUCACGACCAACUGGCUCAUCUUCACUUGAAGGAUCCUAAAAUUCCAGAACUUGUUAACUUACCUGUCUAUGCUGGCCCUGAAUCAAGAUAUUGUCCGGCCCGUGUUUACGAGUACAUACCAGAUGAAAGUGGUCAGUUAAAGCUGCAGAUCAAUGCUCAAAAUUGCCUGCAUUGCAAGGCUUGUGAUAUUAAAGACCCAAAACAGAAUAUCGAAUGGACAGUGCCGGAAGGUGGAGGUGGCCCAGGCUACACAAUCAUGUAG